CCUUGUCAUAUUUCCUAAAAUUGUUUCGCAUCAAGCCCUUUUUCGAACAUUUUACAACACAUUUAUCAUCUUAUUCUUUUUGUAGGGAUUCAAAGUGUGAAGUCAAAUCAAAAGAGGCUAUAAAAGUUCAGCCGCUUUCGUAGCUACAUAGUUUUUACAGUAACACUUUCUUAUCUGUAAUCUUGUGUAUAUAGUCAAUAUUCUUUCUUCACUCGAAAUCAUGAACAAUACCCGAUACAAUGCAUCAUUAGCAGCAAACAACGAAUUCUCUACUGUCAGUAGCCCUAUGUUUGAGUUAGUCAAUGUACAUGGUAGAUUGACGCUCGAUGAAGUAUACUUGAAUGGUCUCCAUUCACUGCGGAAACUUGAAAUCCGCAACCUAUCUGAUCAACCCAUUCUUGUUAAAAUGAGAUCGAACUUGCGAAAUCAAAUUGCAUUUCAACUUGAAAAUGAAAAUAUUCUAAACUUUUUGAAUGAGAAAAUACCACAACAGCAAACUGAUACUAUCACAACAAACACUGUGAGCUGGUCUCGUGAAGCUGAAAGAUACCCAUUCAACCAGCUAUUUAAUUAUAUCAAUCAUAUUGACCAGAUUGAACUGGACGGCGGACAAAGUUGCAAUCUAAUUCUAGCAUUUUUACCAGAUCAAAUCCACUCCUCAGAUGAUAAUAACAACAGCACUAAUCGAGGAGAAGUAGCGGCCUUGAAUGAAGACGAUUAUGACAUGUCGGUUGUCACUGAUGAGAACACAACGUUCAACAUGUUCAAUGUGACAGGCAGUCUCUUUUUCUUCGGUUAUUACAAGAACAGCAAUUCGAACGAACAGAGCUUGUCAACAUCUGCAGGAAUGGCGAAUAACAGCAUGGAUGAAAAUUCAACCAAAGACUUCCUGUCAACUUCCACUCUAGCGGAUUACCAACUCUCUGUCAAAUUCAGGGCCAGUGUAUGUCAAUCAGCAUUAUGGAUAGAUGUUGCUGAAACUGGUUUGAGCUUUGAUGACUGUGUCAUAGGAGAGACAUAUUACAAAGAGUUUACGAUUCAAAAUAGGUCUGAAAUCGACCUUUAUUGGACAUUAAACACUAAAGAUUUAUCUUAUGCAGAUUGGAUACAGUUCAUUGAUGUCGAAACAGAAAACAUCCUCGAUACAUUCUCGCCGAUAGAGAGCUUUUCGAAUAAGCAAAUACGCAUAAUUUUCAUGCCAAAAGAAGUUGGAGAAUUUGUGUACGAUCUUCAAUUCGAAAACGCAAAUGAUUCGCGAAAUGUUGUACAAGUAAAAAUGCAUGCUACGGUGCGUUCAGUUUUACGGAAAGAAACUAUGAUAGUCAGCAGUGGUAAUGUUAUAGACUUUGGCGAUUGCAUUUCAGGUGAAUGGGCGGUACAGCAACUAGUUUUGAGCAAUAUUAGUGAAGCACCAGUAGAAGUUCACUUCCAUCCUGAAGGCGCCGAAAUGGUGUUUGAUAUAAAGCAAGAUGCGAAUGUGACGGAAAAUCACGAAAAUAUCAACUAUGGCGAGCAAUUAGACCCUAGAGUUAUCUCUGGGAGAAGAAAAGCGAGCACACAUAGCAAUGGGGCGAGAUCAGGUGGCUAUACUACGCCUGCAACAGUGCAUACAGCUCCAAGUGAAAUGUCAGUUGCAAACAGUGAGUUCAGUUCAAGAUCAUCCUCACCCACACUUCUUCGACCAGCAGAUAUCAGUGAUGGUUUAUCUUCACCAAUGUCAGUCGACUCAAGUAAUCCUUAUGCCCUUCAAUUUGCAACAAUUCCAGAGGAUUCUGAUUCGGAGACAGGCGUUGGUUCAGUCAGUUUAGAUAACGGAAGCGUUCUGGAGACGCUCCCUUUGAAAAACGGGACCUUUUCUUCCGGUACUCUACCUACAACAGCAAAGAAUACAGUAGAAAGCUAUACUCGUAUUGAAGACUUAAUCAUAAAGCCUGGUACAGAACGCAUAGUGCAGGUUUCCUACCGCCCACAGAAAGAUGUGUCGAUUAAUGAUUUUAAUGCUGGACAGCUUAUUCGCAGAAACUUCAGAAUAUCCUUAGAAUAUGGUACUUUUAGAGCAGAAGAACCGAAGGAAAAAAAGAUCAUUCAGUGUAGAGCAAGGACAUGUACAUCAUUUGUUGAAACCAUCCCAAAACUAAUCAACUUUGGUGAUACAGAUGUUGGUACACUUAAAUCAUUGCCUAUAAAUAUUUUUAACCGGUCGGAUAUUGUCGCUCGUGUCGAAUUACAGUUCACAUCAAAAGUGUUAAACUGUCUUCGAGGAGAGAUUGCUAUUCAGCCUAGGAGCUACGUAGAAUUGAAGCUGGAUUUAUACCCUCGAAAAGUCAAUCCUGAUUAUAGAAAGCAGAUUACUCUUGUUAAUUACUUGAACAGAGAUAACGAUCAGAUUAUUGAAGUACACAGCACCAACAUUGAUAAGAACAGAGUAACCUUUCAUUCCUUAUUCUAUCGUAUCCUCACAGCAACUGGUGCUAAUUUUCUCGACUUUGGAUCUAUUACUUUGAAUUCACCUUCGUUGCGAACAUUUACGGUAGAAAAUAUACGUGAUAAACCGUUACAAUUAGAGCUUACGACAUCUUUACCUCAUGAUAUUGCUAUUUAUACGAGAAAUAAGACGAUGAGUUCUGAAAAUCCCGUAGGAUCAGCUUCCAGUAGUACUGUUGCAUCUUCUGCUAUUUUGUCAGCAGCAUCUACGGCCACUUCUUCGACAAAAACGACGACAGCAUCGAAACUCUCAAAUUCGGUAACAGCCGAAGCAUUAGAAAAAGGUGAUAAGGUGGCCGACAUACCUGCAACAACUGCAAUUACCACAUCAAGUAUCAGUAACAGCAAUCGUAAGCGAUCAAAAUUACUGUUGGAUUCAAUAAACAAUCGGCAUGCUGCAAAACUACAAUUAGAUAUACCGUCAUCAGCUAAUGAAUACAAUAUGAAUAGUUCAAAACGUACAGCUGACGCCAAAAGAGAUUUGCUUAUGGCUCGUCGUUUCCGUAAUUCUGUUAAUCAGUUGAAAAGGGAACAAACUUGCUCUACAACGGCUUAUUUAGAUUUAGCCCUACCGCCUUUGCAUUCGCUCAAAUCAUACAGACGAAAAUUGGUUGAAGUAUCUCACACACAACUGCUGAAGAAUCAGCAAAAACUACCACUCACUUCCGAAGAGAAAAUCGCACGCGCCGAUACGAAGGAUAUAUAUCGAAAGAAUGACACGCUUUUACGUAAAUCAUCCUAUUACCAGCAAGCACAAGGGAACGAAAAAGAAAACAACCAAUUUAUGCAUCGUAAGAUAGAUGGUAGCAGCCAGAUUCAUUUGAGACGAGCCAACUCGCAAGAAACUGCUAACCAUUCUGAUGACAUUGAAAGGUCUACUAAAUCAGCAAAUGUACCGAUCAAGAUGAAUAAAGAAAGCGUGGAUAGUCAUGGGGAGCAUAGCAAUUAUGGUUUACGAAACGCCAAAACAAAACGAUCGUUGGGUAUUACAGCUGCUCGAUACAAAUCAAGAAAGAAUUUGGACUGGUCCGAUAUAGCUGGGAAGUCUCGCGUUCCUUUUGAAGAUUUGAUCUCUGUACUUGAACAUGGUUCCAAGUCGUCUCCACCGUUAUUUCCAAAACAAGCUGCUGAAGAGCAGUAUGUACGAUAUCAACUAGCUUGGCGACGAGAGUUGGAUCGUCUGAUUGAAAAAAAAAUUUUAGUACGCACUUCUGUAUUGAAUGUGGCACCUAAAGGUGAGGAAGAAGUUGUUAUUGUCAUUACUCCCAACGGAGCAAACAAGCAGCAUGUACAGUCAGCACCUAAGAAACAAGAUGCACGGAUCUUUUUGAAACUGUUACAGUUUGAUCAAAAUAUUGAACAAACCGAAUUUGAGAAUCUGCUGGAUUUAGGUCGGGAAGGAAUCCCUGUACGAGAAAUAAUCUUGCGGUCUCAGCUAUGUCGAUCUGUAAUGGAUUUGGGACAAAGGAAUAUCAACUUUGGGCUAGUAGAGCGUAACGAGCGUCAUACCAAAACGAUCGUCCUUCAUAAUCGUAGUGAAACACCGUUGUUAUAUGCUAUUCGUAAGUCAGGGUCCAUUGCUUCAGGCGAUAUAGAUUUGGAUAUCGGUCGCUACGGUGUAGUGCGUUCGUAUGGUAAACGUGAGGUAGAAUUUGUGUUCGAGCCUACAUUAUCAGGACCUUUUAUGGAAAAAUUAGUCGUUGAAAACAUUUGUGAUCGUACAAAUGAUCAAGUGCUGUUGCUAAAGGCUCAAGUUCGAAAACCAUCAACAUUCUUGAUAAAUUCUGCAGAGGAACUCAAUUUUGGCUGCUGCUUGAUUGACCAGCCGGGUAAAAAGAUAGAAAGCAUAGUUUUAACAAAUACUAACAAGCAAUCGCGUAUGUUCGAGAUUCGUGUUGAUCCCAACGAAGUUACAUUUGGACAAUAUUAUGCAGAAUUUGAUUUUGGCGUUAAGGAAGAGGAUUUGAAUACAAUUUCUCAAGAAGCAGAAGAAGAGAUUGAAAAUCUUGAGCAAAAGUUGAAAAUCGCCAAGCGUAAAGCACAACCAGAUAAAGUGAAAAAGUAUUUGCGUAAACUGGCCAAAUUAAAGAAUUUGGAUGAAAACGAAUUAGAAUCCGCUGGAGAUGAUGGAUCCAGUGUGCUUAAAGAGGAAGCUUCAGUCAAUUCCGAUGUCAAUCCGGAGAAAACAUCAACAAUCUCGAAGACGUCAAACGACAAUUCAACAAGUGCAGCUGUUUCCGGAGCAUCCAUUAAAGAGAACAGUGUAAUAUUCAAGAAGACACCAGAAAGUGUUGUAUUCUCGAUAGAUGCUCAUGCUACCAAGACGAUUUCUGUCAUUUUUAAGGCUAUGCUAAGGCCUAUAAGAGAGAAUGAAAUGCACUCAUUUACCAAAGUUGAUGAAGUACUCGCUGUCAAAGGUCGAAUUCUAGUACAUGAGUAUAAGAACACGGAUGUUUGUAGAAGUAUAACAUAUACAGCAGAGAUUCACCCUGAUGAGACGACUAUGAGAGAAGGUUUGCAGGAUGAGGAUAAGGUCGAAGACAAUAAAGCUCUAUUGUACCAAACAUUAGCGACUAGCACUACAAAUUCAGUUUCAGAUAAGGACACCAACAGCAUUGGAGCUGAUGAGAUGGGUCAUAUCACGGUAACUGAUGGAGAUACGGCUGUAGAUUCCAGCAUAGAACCUAUUGAAUUAGAAAGGAACUUUUUCGAUGGUGAACGUGUUGGAAUUCAUCAAGAAGUUGUAUUUUACGUCAAAGUUAAGAAUGUAUCCGACAGUCCUGUCACUUUCGAUUUGUUUGCAGAAGAAAAUGCAUCAGUGUUUGAUUUCAGUAACACCGAGUCUCAAGAGCUGCUUCCUGGAGAAAUCAGAAAGGUCCGGUAUGGUUUAAGACCCAAUCAACUCGGUCGACAAACUUACACUUUCUAUGUUCGAAAUAAGCAUAAUGGCUCUUUGCAACCAUUUACCACUCAGUGUCUAGUUCAUAGACACAUUUAUCUUGACUUCCCGUCAAUAGCGGACGAAGACAAUGGUGUUUUGGACUUAGGUUUUUCGUAUGUUGAUCCAGGUAGCAAAUACUCGCAAGUGACGCCUUUAUUGGUGGCUAAUAUAUCUGAACAGGAUAUAUUAAUCACUUGUCAGAGUAAUUUAUCCCAUCAGGUGUUGAUUUUUAAAGACGAAGCAGGUGAACGAGGCCUAGUUGAAAUGAUGCCUUUGAAAGGUGGUGCUAUGACGACUAUAUGGGUGGCUAUACAACCAAAUCUCCUCACCGGUUAUUUGAGUAAUUGUACGGAUGAAUGCCGUGAGCUUGUUGGGGGUCUGAAGUUUUCCAUUUAUGAGCAUGAUACUUCUGCUUUAAGAAAAGAAGAUGAAGAUAUACUCUUGAUGCUGACGCAAACGGUUAAGUUUACCUCCAUUAUCGGACAAUCACAUUUGGAAGUUUCUGAACGAGUCAUCAACCUAGGGUACACCGAUGUACUCAACAAAGAUUUCUAUGGCGCAUUUACGAUAAAGAAUAAAUCUGGUGAAUUGCCGCUCGAUUACGAGGUAGAAUGUCUCAGUGGGAAUAUUGAAUUAGAUCGAAGAGGUGGUACCCUACCUGGAUGGCGCGGUAAUAAGCGUAGAAGAGAUGCUGAUUUGGGAUACCUCAGUGGCGAUGAACACCACGCUCGCAGAGACAGUUUAUCUGCACUAAGCACUGAUGGAAAUGAGGAAAACACUAUCAUUGCCACUCGCAAGAAUUCGUAUACAGCCCCAUCUCUAGCAACCAUGUGUUCUUCAACCCAAAUCACAUUCCGCAUUUAUGCUUACCGACAUGGCUUAUUAAAUGAGCAACUCACAGUUACUAAUAAAAGGAACAGCCAAGAAGUAUUCGUCAUUGAUGUACGUCUAUUUGUUGAUUGUAACAAGAUUGAUGCAUGGCAUUUACCGUCAAAGAUGCUAUUACGAAGUCCUGUACCGUCUCACCGUCAACACAUUACUGAUGAAAAUGAUCAAACUGACCAUCUGGAAGCUGACCCACUACCUUUAGUCAAAUGGGAAAGUAUAUACAUCUGUUCAACUGUUGAUGAUACAACUGAUAACAAAUUGGAAGUCAUGAAAUUACCGGAUAAAGAGGAAGCCCGCCUAUAUACGCGAGAGAUUGACAUCGCUAACACAUCGGGUCAGCCUAUGCAUUUGGUGGCUAUGAGUGACGUUGAUAUGACCGCUUCCUUCGUAGUAGAUAAGAAUAAACUAAUCAGCACAGAGGUUCUAUAUAAAAACACUACGUUUCUCCAACGUAGUGGGCAGUUAUGUUUGCAGCCUGGACAGCGGGUUCGUAUGCGUAUUCACAAUCCCUCAACUAAUAAACUGGAUGAAGAAGCCCGUCAAUUGGCCCUCCAAGGUAAAAAUGGCUCUUUGAAAGGCAUGCUUCUUUUGUACGAUGCUCGCCAGGAACUUGAAGUGCUUGCUAUUGAGCUUGAAGCUCUUUUCUGUAUGUCUCAUACUGAAUUGGUAACAGAUCAAAUUAAUCUGGGUAAAAUCGGCCAUAGUACUUCUUACAAACCUGCUCGAUUCGAAUUCCAAAUACACAAUAUGGCUGAUGUUCCUGCUACAUAUGAAAUUCAUGGUCCCAAUUUUAUUCAAUUUACUCCUUUGGAUCGCCAUGGUGCUGCUGUAAAGCAGAAAUCUUUCUAUAUACCUUCACGCAAAUCCCAACGUGUUGAAGGAUUACUCUUACCGAAAGAAAUGCCAGAUAAGACGUCCGGAAUUCAUCACUUCGAUGUACAAAUUGUUAAUUUACGGAAUAAUAGCAACUCUAUGCACCUUCAAUUGAAAGCAUUAAUGACGGUGUUCGAGUUAGAGUUUGAACGUCUUUCCGACAAUGGUGAAUUGAUUCUACCCACUUUAUAUCAUCCUAUUGCUCUCCAAAAUGCUCCCUGUGAUGGUUGGUUUGUGAUCCACAAUAAGACAGAUGAUGAUUUACGUUUUGAAAUUGGUGCUGAUAUUGAAACUGAACUCAAACCCUAUAUACACCUGGAUGUACUAUCACGUUAUACCAACUCUCCGUUAAAUGGUGAUAUUGCAAUUGGACCACAAGGCAGUAUUGAAGUUCGUGUAAGAGCUUUGCCUAACGAAGCAUCUCGUUUGCCACGUAACCACCCUGAAUUAACAGAUACUGCAGGUAUGGUAGUUGCAAAACUAUGGGUAACUACUUGGCCAGCUGGCACAGUUGUAGAAGAAGAUGAAAGUGAAUAUAAGUCCCGCAUACGUGAAAUGAUUCCUAUUCGAUGUGCUUUGCGCGAGGCUGCUACAUUCUCUUUAAGCGAGUACAGAUUGGAUUUCAAGCUAGUCACUUAUUAUCAAGAGAAUGACAAUAUUGAUAACGGUAGUAACACUAAUACUUCCAGAAUAGUACAACCUCAGUCAGCUUGUAUGCCGGACAGUCUACCGUUGACAGUAAUAAAUCAAGCAGUCAAGGUACCAUUACGUUUCAAGGUGACAGUAGAAGGCCCAGCUGAAUUCCCUGCACAUGAAAUUGUGCUUAUUUCUGGAUUGGACGGAGAUGGAACUGCAGUUGUCGAGCCAGGUGGGACGUAUACAUUAUCGGUUGGCAUAUCAAACCCUCAAGAAAUUAUGCCAGGUCAAUUGAAAAUCCACAUUGAUGAUUUAGAUGCAGUUGGAGAAUCCAGACAGACAAUUUUAAUGUAUGUUACGGAAAUUGUUUGGGAUUUGUAAUCAGUAAACACGAAGAUAGUCUUAUUAAAGGCGUAAUAAUAUACCAUUGUACACACAUUAAAAUUACCAGCUUAUACGUCAAUCUAAUAAUCUAAGCAACCUGUAAAUAGUUGAUUUCUAUGAAUCAUUGCUUGAAAAUAAACCAAUGCUCCAUGUUACCUACU